AUGGUCGCUGCAAAACGAACUGUCUGCGCUAGCACCAUCAAGCGCAGAGUGGAUGUUAAGGUGUCAGAGUCACUUCUUUUUCUCCAUGCUGUUAGCGGCUGUGAUACGACUUCAAGGCCACAUGGAAUCGGGAAAGUGGGUGUUCUGAAGAAAUAUGCGGCCCUGGCAGAAAGUGCUGCAACGUUUAUGGCAAGCGAGUCUUCAAAAGUGGCCCUAGAAACAGCUGGCGAAAGGGCCUUACUGAUCAUGUAUGGAAUCCAAGUAGAUGAUUUGAAAACUGCAAGGCUCCAAAGAUUUCAAACGAAAGUGGCCACAGCAGCUAGAUAUGUACCACCAGAGAAGCUUCCGCCGACAUCAGACGCCGCCCAAUUUCACAGUCACUGUGUCUUUUCCAGGUACAAGCAUGGAAAAGGAACGAUCUUCUUCCUGAGGAGUGGGGAUGGGUGAGAUUCUCAACAGGCCUUGUUCCUGUGCAGAUGUCAGAGCCAGCAGCCCCAGCGCAGCUCCUGCAAAACAUCAGAUGUAAUUGUGGUGGCAGAUGUGAUACACGAUCUUGCACCUGCUUCACGAACGUUCUUCAGUGCACUUCAGCGUGCGGCCAAUGCAAGGGCAUUGCGUGCCUAAACCCUCCGCGAGUGGAUCGUGAGGAUUUUGAUGCUGCUGCUGAUUUCUGAAGUGAACUUUAAGUUCUUCUAGACUUAUAAGUAGAAUUACGAGUAUUGCAAACAUAUCAAAUUUUGCCCCAUCUGAAAGAGAAAAAGGGAAUUAUGUGGUUCGUCAAGGAAAAGCUGCGGUAUGAUACACUGGCUCACUUUGAUCAUUUCCAGUGUUUUUUACGGUCCUUUUUUUAUACGAAGAGCUGUCCCCUUGUAAAUGGGUUUUAUUGCUUUUAUAAAAAGAUUUUACGCAUCAAAUAAUGUUAAAUAAUCUAAGUAUCUAAUAUUUGAAAUUUACUUGCUUUUCUGUGGAAAAUGGUUCCUAAUACAUAUCUAAGGGACCAUUCAUUAUUUAUGACCGGGGGUGGGCUGGCAAAAUUCAAUUAACAACUAAACAAAAUGUCUUGCCCCACCCCUUGCAUCACCAAAAUUUUAAUGACUCCCGUCACAUGAAUUCUAAAAAAUAUUAACCCCCCCCGACCACCACCAACAAUAUAAUAAAUGUACAGUACUAUAUACAAAUGAGCUCUUUAAACUUGUUGUAAAAGGCAUCAGAUCAUUCAUUUACUUGUGCUUUCAACAAUUAAUAUGAAUGCCUAUUUAACCCACUAAGCUGCAGAGUUUCCUGUUGACGAGUAAAAUCACCUGGUGUUAAAUUGAACAAGUAAAAAAUAAGCACUGGAGUGGAAUGGGUUAACUAGGGACAUUGUCCGAUUUUUAUUGGUUAACCCAUUAAGCUGCAGAGCACCGAAGAGGCUAAAGCUGGUGGUCAUACCAUUUCUCGCUACUAAGAGUGUAGUAAAAAGUUGCUCAAAAAGGAAAAAGUUGCUUGAAGUUGCUCGAGCCGAAAAAAGUUGCUCCAAACGCAAAAAGUUGCCCGAGCACAAUCGGGACAUGCCCAGCAGAGCUAGCUUCCCCGUUGACGAGUAAAAUCGGUUAGCAGUAUAGGGUUAGGAGUAGAGUUAGGGUUACAGUGUCGUAGGGCGUAGGAAGUUCUUUUUGAUUGGGUAGCUGAACGCGAGGAAAUUUUGAGUAUUUGUGCAUUGCAUUUUGCGUCUAUCUGUUGAUUAAAAUUAACAAUUUUGCUAGCUAUACAUCAAUUAAGUUUGCUGCCUUGCUCGCUCCCUGUGGUAGCAAUAAUUGUUACAUACCAAAUUUUUCUCCACUAUAAUACCACUAUAAUAAAUAACUGGACCCACCCUUCUGAACCAAUAUUUUUAGGUGUCCCCCCUUUUUCGUCAAAAAUUCCUCAUGACCCAUCCCCUUUUUUGCCAGCCCACCCCCAGUCAUAAAUAAUGAAUGGUCCCUAAAUAAGCUUGACGGCGGCCAUCUUGGAUUUGGCGGCCAUUUUGGAUUUGGCGGCCAUCUUGGAUUUAACAACUUUAAAAAAAUAUGAUUUGCAAGCUCACAUUUCGAUUUAAUGCCGGUUUUACAUGUAUUGAUAGGCAAUAAACAUGCCUAGAGGCUUAACUCCACGAAGUGUAAUUGUGUAACUGUUUUAUUUUGAUUUUUGUUCAAAAAUGGCGGCCAUCUUGGAUUUGGCGGCCAUAUUGGAUUUUCGAUGGUCGAAAUAAAGAGGUUGCCGCAUGGUCGGAUUCGGGUGGAUUUUUAUGUGCGUACUAUUUAGACGCAUAUAAACAGAUUUAAGGUGAGUGGGCUUUGUUACGAAGUUUGUCGAACGUAAGUCAUUCGUUUACUGGACUUUGCAUUUUACAAUAAUUAACGAUGAUGAUUGACACAUACAUGUAAUACCUAAAAAUACAAUCGGAAAGUUGUCGAUUUCACUUUAUUGCAAGUUUGUAAACUAGUAAGGUCUAGUAAGAGUCGAUAAGUACAGAUAUUCGAAUAAAUAUUUAAAAUAUUGAUAAGGGACCGCUCAUUAUUUAUUGUACAGGGGGAGACUGAGGAGAAACUCUACAGUUAUAAUAUUUUUUCGUUGCCCCCCUCUUAAGAUAAGUAAAAUUUUCAAAGCCCCCCCCCCCAAAAGGCAAAACAAGAUCAUAAAUUUUAACCACCCCCCAGCUCUUUAUCUUUAUUUAGAGAAACAAAAACUCUAGCUCUUUAUUUAGAGAAACACAAAUAGAUAUUGGGGACCAAUAGACAAUUCCCAUUAUACACUAAAAAAGUAUAUUCCCGGGAAGGGCAUACUAAAAUUAAUAAAAUUGCAAUGUUUGGUUGCAAAAUGUUGUAAAAUGUAGAAAAUAUAUAGCCUUCCAAAGUUGCAAAAAUUUUGUAUACUUUUGUAUUGCAAUUUUCGCAUGCAAUACAAAAGUAUACAAAAUUUGCAAACUUUGCAAGGCUAUAUUUUCCGUAUUUUACAACAUCUCGCAACCAAACUUUGAAAUAAUUUACUUAUUUUAGUAUGCUCUUUCUAGCAAUGGUGAUUUAUUUGCGUCAAGGCCGGAUUUUGAGGGGAGGUGUGGAGAGGUGCGCACCUCCCCUGAGAUCGUUUUGCACCUCCCCUGAGAAUUUUUGCACUUCUCCUGAAAGGUCAUGCACCUCCUCUGCGGAAAGUUUCAAUGAUAGAACAAACUGAAAAUGUGAUGGUUGCUUAGGAUCUACACUUCGUGACAUAAGAAAGUUUUCUCUGUAAAAUUGAAACAGUGAUAGCCAUUCAUAUCUGUGUCAAGUACACUGUUAAUGCAAUGUUUUGAAAGAAACUUUGUAGCAAUUGCAAUGAAGGGCAAGAUUGGUGUCGUACAUUCAUAAUUCAUUAAUACACUGGUACAUAUGUACACUACAUACAUACCUCACCUUGUUGAUAUUGGCCUGUUCUACAAUAAGCCCUAAUUUUCCGCGGGGGUUGUGAGCUAGACUGCUGCGCCUCCCCUGACAUUUUUUUCCACCUCCCUCACUAUUUUCACCAAAAUUCGGCCUUGAUUUGCAUCUCUUUGCCUAGUUCUAAAAUUAGUCUACAUUGGGAAUUGUCUAUUUACAUGAACAUAAGAGACUUGGCUUCCAUUUAUAAAUAUUAGAUCUAUAAACAUUAUUUGUUGUUAAGUUGUUUUGUGAUACAUUUUUAAAACUAGUAAUGUUCUAUCCAAACUGGUAAAUAUUUUCAAAGCCCCCCUUCUUUCGUCUCUCCGUAUUUUUUCAAAGCCCCCCCCCCUUUCAGGUUUUAAAAAAUUUAAAGGCCCCCCAGUUUCUCCUCAAUCCCCCCCUGUACAAUAAAUAAUGAGCGGUCCCUAACCCCAUGGAGCCCGUUGCUUUUAUAUACUUAAACCUUUGUAAACAAACAGUUACAGCUAGGAAGAUUCAGUCUGUGCAAGAAUUUUUUUCCGCCCAGGCGAACAAGACAGAUAUUUUUUCCUGUAAAAGUGCAGCGCAAGAUAUUUUUUUCCCAAUAUAUUUGGCGGCAGGAUAUUUUUUUGCCUCUCAUAAUAACGGUUUACAGUAACUUUAGGCUUUCAUAUAGCUAUCAUCGGAGACGUAGCAGGGGUUUUCAGUCAGAGGAGGCCGAGAACUGAAUCCCAAGAGGGGCCAAGGAAUUUUCACUGUGCUUUAUUUUAUAUGGUUAUGUCUUAAUGUUCCCCACACUAAAGCGUGCAAGUUUACUUACAAAGAAUGUAUAACUGCACCAAAACCUAAAACAGAGUAGAGUACUCGAAAAUGGGGGAGGGUACAGUAUAUGAAUGACCUGUAACCUUGGGGGGUUCGGGGGCAUGCUCCCCCGAGAAAAUGUUAAAAUUUGAACCUCGGAAAUGCUAUUUCCUGCGUUUUCAGCCAUGGAUUCGUCCACAACAACUUUGCUGUACUAAGCCUAAGGAACACUUACUGCCCCUUAUUUUAAACAAGGGAAAAUCACAAAAUGAGCUUUGAUUAAUAUGUAAUAAAACAAGAUUUCAAUAAUGCAAUUUUUAACUGCCCUCCGAAACAACAAUGUUCCACCAAAUAUAGCUCUGUAGCUUUUCAAUCGUUCAUACAGAUAGCUUGUUGGGGAUCGGGUUGCAUCCUCUUCAGAAAUUAAUUAAAAUCUAGACUCUCUAAACUGGCAUUUUCGCAUUACACUGUUAAUUUCAAGGAGUUAUUUUAACUCCACCAUAGGAGUUAAAACUACUCAACUUGGGAGAGUAAAAAUAGUGGAGUAAAAUCUACUCCCAAAAUAGAGUUAAAACUACUCCACUUCGGCGCGCAUUCCACAAUUUACUCCAUCAGGAGUCAAUUUUACUCCGCUGGAGGAGUAAACUAAACUCGCGAUUAGGAGUAGAAAAUAUGGAGUAAUUUGUACUCCUUAAUUUUACUCCGGGGGUCGUUUCAACUCCCAAAAAAGAGUAAAAUUGUUUUGGAUCUGGAGUAAAUUAUUACAAUAUGUAAUUAAUGUGCCUGAGAAUCCAAGAGUUUUUCUGCUGGAGGCUAUACUCUAUUAAAGUAUUGCCAGUCAGAUGCGAAAAGCACGAAGUUCGUGAUAUAAAGUCUUUUUUUUUUUUAAUUUUCCGUUUUUGGUUACUCGAAUGUUGCCAAGUCAGAUUGAUGCCGUUGAUGUAUUAUAGGACCGUAUAUCGGCUUCUAUCGCACGCGGCGAUCGAAUGUAGCCAGAAACUGUCGGCGAGUCAUCUAUAUUUUUUAUUUGCUGGCCUAAAUCUGUAAUUUGAACGUGUGGAAUGUUCUGCCGCUGAAUUCUGCUGAAUAUAAUUUGCGACAAGUGGAAGUUAAAGAGUUUUAACCAAUUAGCAUGCUUAGAAUAUAUCACGUGUUGUAGUAAUUCGAUCUGGUUCACACAAAGACCAAGCGCCAAGUUCGGGACCAGCUAAACCGAGAGUUAUGAAGUGGAGAGUUAUCUUGGAGAGUUAUGAUUUCGGAGAGUUAUGUUCGAACCACGCCCACUUUCCCCAAUGACCAUACCCAAUUUCUUAACUCUCCCGAUGUUUCCUUGAACUAACAUGAGAGAGUUAUGUUUGACGUAACACUCUCUCGUUAACAUUAUGAAGAUGUUAGAGAGUUAUCAUUUUUUAUAACUCUCCGCGUUCUCGAUUGUGGCAAUGCCAAUGAAGAGAGUUAUGUCCGUCUGUUUUUUGAAAAACACUUCCACAUUUUAGUAAAUUAUUGUGAAUUUACUUUUUUCUCACGUUUCAGCUUUAACAUUUCACGCUAGUAGAAACUUGUAGUAAUUUAGUACUUACCAAGUGAAACGAGUACGAGUAAAUAUAUUAUUAUACAUGCUCACUUGGAUUAUCUACAAAACACAGCAUUCAGAUGCAGCUCUCGUAUUAGAUAGACCCAGAAAACCUUUCCAAUGUAAUGCCCUAUUAGCUGAUCUGGGAAAGUAUUUCCAAAACCUGAAUUUCUUGCAACUGUGCUUACCGUAUGCCAAAUACACGUCAAAUCAUGCUUCUGCUGGGGGUACUUUGACCCUUCUGAUGCAAGCAUCUCAUUGUUUUGACUGAGUCAAGUUGUAUUAUUUCCUGUUUGGACGCACGCUAUUGACACGCUACAAACUGAAGUACCAAAAUAUAAGAUGAAAAUCUGAAGAAACAAGCUUUACUAAGGUUUUCUCAAAAAACUGACAUAACUCUCUUCAUCGCCACAAUCGUGAACGCGGAGAGCGUGGUUCGAACAUAACUCUCCGAAAUCAUAACUCUCCGAGAUAACUCUCCGGUUGGUAACUCUCCCUUUAGUCAUACCCGAUAUGAACAAGCUUGUGAAGUUUAUUAAAUAAUUUAGUCCUAGGACUGGAUCCAAAUUAAUUCACCUCACUUUAAGUAGUGAUUUAUUCGUAUGAGAUGUCAUUUCAAAUCCUCCAAUUCGUACUGGACUAGAUUUCAAGACUUGUGCCGACUUGAUUCAGUUGAAAUCUAGUCCAGUCCUUAUAGUCGGAUUUGAAAUGUUACGUAAUCUAUUGUAAAUAAGUAUAGUUUUUUAUUGCCAGUCAGCAAAUUCGGGAACUACGGCCACGGGAAGUGUCUUUCAAACUUCGGUGGCGCUGUUGUCAGAGCAAGCGCCUGUCACCUUUGAGUUCGUGGGCUCGAUUCUCGUUACGGACUCAUGUGAAAAGAGUCGGUCAAUGCUCUGCCGAAAGUCUUGGGUAAAACUCCGGGUGCUCCGGUUUCCUCACACAGGGAAAGUUGACGGGGUGGGUUAGGAUAAACACAGUUUAGAACGUAAUAUCGCAAUUGUCGUAAAGAUAAAAUAAUUUAGGCUAAGUAUGUAAUUAGGUAAGCGUAUAAUACUUGAUGUAAAGGUGAAUUUGAUCAUAUAUCCACGGCAUGAACUAUUUCGCUGACCUCAGAAUGACAUUUCGUCAAAACUUUUUUCUUCAAGAUUGGUUUAGAAACAAAUUUGGAGUAGGGUUAGAUUAGGGUAAGGAUUACGGUUAGGGUUAGAGUUGGUGUUUGGAGUAGGGUUAGUGUUAGUAAAACCCUUGCUUUGUUACGUUUGUCACUUUGAGGCCAGCGAAAUAACCUCUUCCUAUAUCCACAUGUAGAUUUGCGCUAUAGAAAUGCUAAUCGUAAUCCUAUAGUUAAUAUCGCGCUAAUGGUUUUUCCUUCUCAGGACGUUUAACCUGAAAUUUCAACUGUGGAUAAGAAAAACGGACGAGAUAGAACAGAACAGCACUAAUCCAUUUCCUUCGGAGGUAACGAAAUUUCAUAACAAUUAAGUAUCUUGAACAAAAUAAAUAAUCACAUUCCCUUUCUAUAUAAUUGUUUUCAGAUUUCGAAACAUAUAACCAAACUGUUUUACCAAAUUGGUCAACGACCUUCGGUCUUUGCCUUCGUAAGUCAUUCAAGUGAUGAAAUUGAGUUUGUGCGGCAAGAAGUUGCAUUCUCUGCAAACAAAAGGUAAAAGGAAGCAGAGGGCCUAUAGUUUCAUUUUUCGCAACUGUUGACAUUGCUUUUUAGUCUUCAGUAUUUGAGCGAGUCAGUCUUCGGAAAUGACAAUAAAUUUUAUAACCGAACCCUUGAGUUGUUUUGUUUACUCAACCCUUUUCUCUUUGGUGCCACCCCCGUCAUAAAUAAUGACCGAUCCUUUAAUUGUUCUACCUGAUUCAUGUAGUGUUUGGGAAGUUGACUUAGCGCUGGAAACGCUUGAACUAUUGAAGAUUAAAGUUGAUGAAUCAACUGUCGGGUUCCUCGAUUGUUUUAUAAAGUACGUAUCUUUUACUUUUGAUUAAUUCAAUGUGAGCGAAUUGGCUCAUUGUGUGUAGCAAUGGUAGAAAAAAGCUGAUAUGUCCUCUGUUCAACUGUUAGAGAACCUUGCAAACAUUUCAUUCCAUUUCAGGGCAACUGUAUUUGAAAUUCAAGACAGAAAAUCCAGCAUUGCUGAAUCCUUAAAUGUUACUGAGGUAGAUGUUUACAACAAACAAUUAAAGUACGACUAACCCCAAAUAUCAUUUUUGGUAUGUGUAAUAUUUGGGUCAUUCGAAGAAGAAAUUUAAUAUAUCUUUAAAACAAAAAAUCCCAUCUUGAUCAACUUUUUCACUGUCGAAGUUUCCAGAUAUGAUGUCAUUAGAUGAAUUGCAAAUUAGUUUUCCUUUGUUUUUUGUACCAAAAAUUCACCUAAUGACGUCAUAUCUGGAAAUUUUGACAGUGAAGAAGUUGAUCAAGAUGAGUUUUUUUACUAUAAAGAUACAUUACAUUUCUUCUUAGAAUGACCCCGAUAUUACACAUACCAAAAAUCAUAUUUGGGGUUAGUCGUACUUUAAAUACGACUUAGUGAUACUGGGAGAACAUAUUGACGUUAAAUAUUCAUGCUAAAGUUUAAUUUUCUUUUUUUAUAUAUGCAGCUUCCAUAUGAAAACCUAAAUGGUGGAUUAGAGCUGAUACAAGUAAUUACAAUUACGUAACUUAUAAUUAAUUUAAUUUAAUUGCUUUUCCAUCAGGUACGCUACUGUACUGUACACAAACACACGAUAACUAUAUACAAGACUACGAUGGUUGGGUAUGCACAACAGUCCAGAACACCAAUAACUGCGGGCACAAGUAGAGUAUACAAAGUAACUAAUAAACUAUGAAACUAAACCGUUUAUCGAGAUGGUUAAAGUCUUCGCUCUAUUGUAUUAUAUAAAUUCUUAUUAUACAGCGCACCUAGAAAACAUGCUGAAAACACUCCAGUGAACACAUACCUGUAUCAUGGGCAGAUCCAAUACACAGUUACACACCCAGUGUUCAUCACUGGAGUGUGUUCUCUUUCGGAAGCAAUAUAAAUUAUAUCAGACACGCUAUAAAUCUAGCAGUUUACGAUGUUGUUUUUGAAGAAGGGAUUGUCUUUUGCUAGGCCCUAGAAAUCCGCCCACAUUUUGAAUUUAGUACACCUAGGAAUAAAUUAAUCUUUUUUCUCUGCAGAAUGACUGCACGCCCAAUGUUUUCAUCGUUGUCAGGUAGGUCGAAUAAGUGCUGCUCUUGUUUUGAUGAUUGUAAACUGUCUGGCCUAACAUAACCGGCCCCUGGUUUAUGCGUUCUAGGAAAGAUCAUUUACUACUGACCAAAGAUUACUUUGACACGGUGUUGGCAUUAACUGUUCCAGGACAUUUGAUUACUGUAAGUAACGAUUUUUGUAAAUAAGCAAAGAUAGUCGUGUCAAAGACAAUUCCCAUUAUAAGCUAAUGUUAAAACUCAGCAAGGGGAUGCAAAUAAAUCACCACAGCCAGAAAGAACAUAAUAAAAUGAAUAAAACUGCGCAGUUUGGUUGCGAAAUGUUGUAAAAUGUGGAAAAUAUGGCCUUGCAAAGUUUGCAAAUUUUGUAUACUUUUGUAUUGCGUGCGGAAAUUGCUACCAUUUUUGGCCCAAAUGUGGUAGCAAUUCCGCAAGUUUAUAUAAAUCAAGGAAAAUCUCUAUCACAUAUCAAGAUACGACUUAUGAUUUUUCUUUGUGUUUUCCUCAUGAAUUAUUACAGUAUGAAAUUAAUUUCACCUCCAUGAUGCAGCUGAUUAAUAAGCGCCACGAUGUUCGUUCUUACAGAUUAACCCAACUGGUUAUAAAGCAGUCUUUACUCGGCAAGGAAACCUUGUUAUCCAUACUGGCCGAGAAACUUUCAUUGUGGACAAUAAUUCUUCACAAAUUGCUUCAGCGAAAGGUAAACACCAAAUAUGAUUUUUGCUAAACCCAAAUAUGAUUUUUGCUAAGGCUAAUAUUUGGGUCAUUCCGAGAAGAAAUGUGAUAUAUCUUUACAGCAUAAAACUUAUCUUGAUCAACUUUUUCGCUGUCAGUAAUGCCGGACAUGAUGUCAUUAGAUGUAUUAUAAAUUAGUUUUCCAAUGUUCUUUCACUGUAAAUAUUCAUCUAAUCACAUCAUGUCCGGCAUUUUUGACAGUGAAAAAGUUGAUCAAGAUGAGGUUUUUUACUGUGAAGAUAUAUUACAUUUCUUAGACUGACCCAAAUAUUACCCAAUACAAAUUGUAUUCGAGGGAAUCAUUAAGCGCAGCAGCUCAUUAAACAUUGAUUUUUUCUGAAUUUUCUUCAUGGAUUAUUAAUGAGUUUUACAAUGUUGUUUUGUCGACAGGGCUACCGAUGAAUGAACUUGAGUUCAGCUCUUAUCCUUGGUGUCAUCAAGACAACUUACCUCACGAGGUUAAAGUUUAUAAAUGUAUUAAAGAGUUUUUGAGUUGAAACUCGUAUAUUCUUGGUUUGCACUUGAUGUCAUUGCAGCCAUGAAGGAACGCUAACAAAAAAAUAUGUUUAGCUGCAUGCCAUUAUAUUUGGAGCGUGGUUUCCUCAAACAUGGCCGCCGUCUUAUAAAUAUCAAGAGAUUGAUUGCAAACCACUAAUAAUAAGAGUAUAUUUACCAUUUUCCUUUUCUAGACAAUUGCUGAUACAGUUUUGGCAUGGGCUAACCAGGUGAAGUAGCAAUUCUUCCAAUUAUUGGAUUUUUAACCAGUCACUAUUUCCAAUUUUAAAGUUCCUCAACCCCCCUCAGCAAAAAAGGGAAGAAUAACUUCCUAAGUGUAGGCCUAAUAUUCCUUGACCGUUUGGUUUUCAUCUAGCGGAUAAAAUAUAGCAAAAGGUUGUGUCUGAAAACGCAGACAAUCAAGCCCAAGAGGCUCAAAAAUACAAAACAUUUCUGUGGGUGGACCCCCCCCCCCAGACUCCCCUGUAAGUUCCCACUUUUCCAGUCAACCACUUCUAGUACUGAUUCUCCACUGAAGAAUUCUUAAAAGAGGCCCUGUUUUGAUUCAACUAGCCAUACAAGGGACAUCUAAAUAUUAUAAAUGUACAUAUUUGAUGUCCUUUUCCAAAUGUACGAUUUUUUAAGCAUUUUCCCGUUCUUUUUAAUUUACUAGAGUUUUGUCUACCUUUCCUUGAAUUCAACAAUCGGAUUUCUCUCAGUAAAUGUACCAAGUUAUUUUCAAGAUGAGGUAUAUUUGAUGGUAGCCGGUGUAAAAAUUUAUUUUUUUGCCCGGAAAUUAUGCUGAUUAUCACUUAAAUUAAUAUAUUGUUUCAACUUUGUAAAAGUAAUUUUUUGUUGCAGGGUUUUAGAUUGCUUGACGUGAAAAUAAAUGGAAUAUGUCACUGUAUAUUUUAUCUGAUUGAGUCAUCAACAUGUCCUGAAUGUAACGGCUCAAAGGUUAUUGAUAAUUGUUAUUAAUAAUCGAAUCAAAGGUUAUUAACAUGCAUGCUGCACUUUUUAAUUGAAAUAUCUUUCUUUUAUGAUGAACUCAAAACAGGUAAUUGGCUAUACAACACAAGACUAUGAAACAAACGCUUGGAGGAAUGUCACAUUGUUACUGGAAGAACAACGCUUUGAUAAUGGUAAAAAAGUUUGAAAUUUUCACUGAUUUCAUUCCCAUUCUCAUUAUAUACUGGGCGCGGGCUACCGUUCUUAUGGAUCAUUCUCCAACUGACGCUUGCCUAUACAGGGUAUCCAGAAAAUAAAAUGCAAUAUAGCUAUAUGUUCCAGAUUUUUACACAGCUAUAAUUAUUAGUGAGCAUCGAAAAUUCAAUCUAAGAGAUGCAUUUUGACACUAAGGUUGUUAAAAUUGGUUUAGUAGAACCAUUGUUAUGGCUGUUUAAGCCUUCGAUUUGAUCAGUUUGAACUCUUACGCCCGUAUUCUAAAAGCUCACUCACACUCAAUGAGUGGAGGUUCAAUCUCAGCUUCUCUUGAGUGUCGGUGCUGUUUUUGAAUAGCUGAAGGGUUAGUGUCCUACCUUGCUAUGUGACUACUCACGCUCCAGCUAUUCAAAAACAGCACUGACAGUCAAGGGAAGCUCAGAUUGAACCUCCACUCAUUGAGUGUGAGUGUGAGUGAGCUUUUAGAAUACGGGCGUUAGAUUGAGUUUUCGAUGCUUACUAAUGAUUAGCUACACAAUGUAUUUGAUUGACCAAUGACAUCGUAUCCUCUUGAUAUUCCGAAAAUUUAGGUUUAAACUAUCAGCUUCAAUCUUCUAGGUUUAAACUGGUCGUUUCAAUUUUUACCACCGAAUUCGUUGUCAAUGUUGCUAUGGAAUUCACGAGACGUGUUUUACAAGAGCGGUAAAGGUUGGUGAUCAUUUAAUGGGCGCUCAAGCGCGCUAAACUGUUCUCCCUAGAGAUCCAGUUGGAGCAAUUCAUAUCAGUCCAGUGUUACCACAGGAGGAAACCGAGUACCCGGGAAGACAGUGUUUGGUAGAGUUGAAAUGGAAAAAACUCUUACUCUCCUCGCGUGCGAUAUAAAGGAGAAAUUAUAAUUAUCAGACAACUGCAUAUUGCAGGAAUUGAACCUGGUCAGAGACGAAAGACAUUCAAACAACUCCUUACAACGCUUGGUUGUAAAUCUUUUAGAUGAAACAACCAUUAUCAUAACAAAGAAAGGGAGCAUUUCAUCUUCUGGCGACGAAAGUAUUGUCCAAGUUGUCACAUGUAUGUAUGUUUUUCGUUAAACGCUGUUUUUACUAAUUACAUUGAUGCACUAAACUACACUGUUCCUCCUUAUUUUUGAUAGCAAACAAUGGUGAAUAUUUGGUACUUUAUGAAGACUAUUCCUUGUUUUAUGGUAGAAUUGGAGUAGUCUAUAUGAUUCAG